CAUGGAAAGGCGGAGAUGUUGUUUGGAGGCGGGUAUACCCGAGAGUUUCCCGGUGGUACUCUCGCUAUUUCUGAUGGCAUGUUCUCAGGUUGGUACCAUCAAAUCUAUCGGGAUUUAUCUUGAAGAUAUCUCAUGGAGUCUCGGGACCACCUCGACAGAUAUCGGGAUUGCCCUUGGACUGUUUACCGCCUUCAGUUACUUUCCAGCUCCUUUGAUUGUCGCUCUCUACCGUUUGAAGGCCAUUCGUCGAAUUAUGCUGAUCUGUGGAGCUUGUUUGAUAUCUCUGGGUGUCAUUCUUACAGCCCUGGCUCCUAACAACGUUAUGAUAGCUGUUUUCUUGGCCUUGGCUGGCAUUGGUCAUUGCUUGCUGGCGAUAUCCUUAACGAUUGCCUUAGACCAACUUGCAGACAAGAAGAACUUCGAUAUCUUAUACGGUGUAGGUAUGAGUGGAUUCGGUUUUGGAAUGGUACUUCUACCCUACCUGGCGGAUAUCUUUGGAAAGCUUUAUGGUUGGAGAAGUGGCCUCCUUAUGCUAGGAGGUCUUAUGGCCAAUCUGAUCCCAUGUGUCGUUUCCAUACGAGUCAAUAAAUCAACUAUUGAGGACAUGAGUAGGGACCAUUGUAAGAAUAUUGAUGACUUCCUGGAAAAUCGUCCUGCUGAUCAAAGAUUCUACGAUUGUUUAACGACGUCUGACGAAGAUGUUACGCCGUUAUGUCGUGCUAGGAGUUCCGUUUCCAGCUCUUACCAUCAACCUACACACACUUCUGCAGUAAAUCAGAUCAGGGACCAACUGCAUCAGCAAAAUCAAACUUUAAAACAGCUUCUCGAUAACAUUCGGCAUUCUAGUUUUUACAAGGACCCGUCGGUGAAUAUAAUGUUUAUAGUUGCUAUCUUGGAUGGUUUGGUAUAUUGUGGCUGGCAUGCUUUUCUGGUCCCUCGUGCCAUCCAGAGAGGUUACUCCAUUGACGCUACAAUUGUCAUGACAUUAUUUGCCUCUUUGGGUAACUUUUUCGCAAGACUCUUGUCUGGCGCCCUCUCCGGUCGUUUAUCGAACCCAAUUUUCCUGUACAUUGGUGUAACCUUGGUGAAUGCUUCAGCUCUGCUUUGCGAUGUCUUUAUUCACCAAUACUAUGCAAUGUUCGUAACAGCGUGUGUGUCUGCUAUUGGUAUAGCUGGCGUGUCUAUUCUAGGACCGCUGGUGGUCAGAAGAAGAGUGUGUGCGGAAAACUUCGACAUUGCAUACGCAAUCUUCGAACUAUGUUUUGGCUCAGGCACAUUCAUUGGCGGUUGUCUGUCAGGUAUUGUAGGUGGACACUUUGCAUCGUACGAUGCGAGUUUUACUCUUCUAGCUGGUGUUGAAUUAGUGGUUUGUUUACUGAUGCUACCGAUAUUAUUGAUGAAACAACCCAAUCACAAGUAGUUAUCA